AUGUCAACCACCCGGUCCACCCCCACACUCAUCUUCUUCUUCUUCUUCCUGGCCCUAUGCUAUAACCCCUCAUAUGGUGCUGCACAAACAUCAAACUUCAUCCACACUGCAAGAACAGUACGUCAUGUUCUCAACGAUGUCACCAACGUACUACGGGAUGAGCUGAGCACCAUGGGCAGCGUUGACAACUCUCGGUUGUCCAACGCCAUAUCGACAUGUUUGGAGCUGCUGGAUUUGUCAACAGACGAGAUCGGUCGGUGCAUGUCAGCAUUUGAGGGCUCCGAAGGCAAGCAUGAGGGUACUGGAAAUUUGAGUUCAGAUUUGAGGACAUGGCUGAGUGCUAUAGUUGCUGAUACACAUACAUGCAUGGAGGGUUUUGAAGGCACCAACAAUGGUCGUGUGAAGGAUCUGAUAUCCCCCAAAGUUGACCAAGUGAACUCGCUAGUUCAUGAGCUUUUCACCCUUGUGCAUCAUGUUUCACAUCAGUCCAACAGCCAAGGCCAGGGUGAACUUCCUCCGUGGGUUGAUCCUAGGGACUUGCAGUCCAAUGUAGAUCUUCCUGAUGCUAUAGUUGCUGCUGAUGGGAGUGGAGAGUUCAAAAGCAUCAUGGAUGCAGUGCGUGCAGCUCCAGACUUUAGCAGCAGACGUUAUGUCAUCUACAUAAAAAGAGGAGUUUACAAUGAGAUAGUUAGCAUAGGGAAGAACAAGUGGAACUUGAAAAUGGUAGGAGAUGGUAUGGAUCUCACUGUCAUCUCUGGAAGUUUGAGCUACCAUCAGAAUUUGACCACAUACUACACAGCUACCUUGGGUGUCGAUGGAAGAGGGUUUAUAGCACAGCGCAUAUCCUUCAGGAACACCGCAGGGCCUGAAUAUCAUCAAGUUGUCGCUUUGAGAUCAGCAGCUGAUCUUUCGGUCUUUGACGAAUGUGAGAUUUUCGGUUACGAAGACAGUUUGUAUGCUUAUUCACAGCGACAGUUCUACAGAUAUUGCUACAUCAGGGGCACGGUGGACUUCAUAUUUGGACACGCCUCUGCGGUUUUCCAAUCCUGCAAUUUAUUGGUCAAGAAAGGAUUGCCAAUGCAAAAGAACACUAUCACAGCCCAAGAUAGAACAAGCUCAAGCCUAGCAUCUGCGUUCUCCUUCCAGUUCUGCAAAAUAUCAGCAGAUCUCGACCUUCUACCCUUCGUUGGCUCCAUAUCGACAUACCUUGGAAGACCAUGGAAGCAAUAUUCUAGAGUUGCUUUCAUGCAAUCCUACAUGAGUGAUGUGGUGAGCCCUGAAGGAUGGUUGGAGUGGAGUGGUACAUUGUAUUUAGACACAUUGUACUAUGCUGAGUACAAUAACUAUGGACCAGGAGCUAGGCUAGAUAGACGGGUUAAAUGGGCAGGCUUUCAUGUGAUUACUGACUCUAGCCAGGCUAGCGAGUUCACGGUGUCUGAACUCAUUAUGGGGGAACAAUGGCUACCUUCAACUGGAGUAGCCUUUGUUCCUGGAUUAGGGAACUAA